GUGACAUCAAAAUAAACAAAAAUGGCUUUCACUAGAGCUCCUACAUCACUUCCUUCACUCAACUAUGCCUUCCAAGGAAACAAAUAUCCAAGUAUGGCUCAUCUUAACUGCAGCACAAAGGUAACAGAUUUGACGUUCAAGCUACCUUUCUUCAAAGCACCAAAUCCAAUAAAGUAUUUGGAUCGGUUACCGAACAUAGACCACAGGAACAAGAGAAGUGCCAACCGUGCAAACCUGAGCACGACAGAGACCUUAACUGUUGAAUUGUUGGAUGCCUGGGAAGACGAUUACGAUGGAGUUAUCAUCAACUCACAGUGUUUGCCGAAUAGUUCAAAUGCAUUUUCAUCCGUCCUUCAAUCUUCAGUUUCUCACUGGAAACUAAUGGGAAAGAAAGGGAUUUGGCUCAAGAUACUGGAAGAACAGGCAGAACUUGUGCCAAUUGCUCUAAAGGAGGGUUUUAGCUAUCACCAUGCUGAUCCAGGAUAUGUAAUGUUAACCUACUGGAUUCCUGAUGAACCUUGCAUGCUUCCUGGCACGGCAACUCAUCAAAUUGGAGUAGGAGGAUUUGUUAUCAACGAUAACAAAGAGGUGCUAGUUGUGAAGGAAAAGAAAUGCCCUUCAAGGUGCUAUGGGAUAUGGAAGUUACCAACUGGGUUCGUCAACAAGUCGGAAGAAAUAUUUUCUGGAGCGGUAAGAGAAGUCAAAGAAGAGACAGGGAUCGAUACUACCUUUGUAGAACUACUUGCGUUCAGGCAUGCUCACUAUGUGGCUUUUGAGAAAUCCGACUUGUUUUUUAUAUGCAUGCUCAAACCGGCAUCAUCUGAAAUCACCAUCGAUGAGUCUGAGAUCGCAGCAGCCAAGUGGAUGCCUCUUGAUGAAUUUUUGGCUCAGCCAUUCCAUCAGGAGGACAGGAUGCUGAAGAACAUUAUGGAUAUCUGUGUCUCAGCCUGCGAAAACAAGUACCGUGGAUUCACUGCUUCACAGAUCAUGUCGAAGCUCGAUGAUAGGUUGUCCUAUCUUUACUGUCGAGAUCUGACUGCACUGAAGAAAGGAGAGUGAUGGAUUAUUUGCUAAUUAAUGUCGUUGAUGUCAUUGUAAUUUAAGAUUUAUCGAAGAAAUGCAUGAACCAGGCAUCGAGAAUGGCCGUCGAUGGUUGACAAUGUCAAUAAAGAUGUAUUAGAUGGCAUGGCCCUUCAAGUCAUAAGAAACAUUUGGUCAAACAUGCAAUCCAUGAAAGAGAA